AUGGCGUUGCUCAGCCGAGCGCCGGGACCUGCACCCGUCCCUGGCCUUUUCCUCCUCUGCAUCGCCGCCCUCGCAAGCAUGUCGGACGCUCACGACCACCACGAAGGCGGCGAUUCCAAGAUUGUCGUCGGCGACACCGUGUCCAAGGAUCCCAUUAUAACAAAGUCCAGGUGGCACGUUCCGACCCAAUCCUUCGGCUCGAUCCUCGCCCUCAUCGGCUUCUUUCUCGGCCACGCCCACGGCGGCCGUGAGUUCGUCGGCAACAACAUCCACUCCAUCUUCGCCACCAUCCUGCAGCUUCUCCUCAUCGGCCAGAUCGUCCUCGGUCUCUACCUCAAGGGUCACUGGGAAAAAGGCGUCAACGGCAGGAUCAGGAGGCUCAUCCGACCCUGCCACUCCGUCAUCGGCAAGGCCAUGCCCCUCCUCGCCUGGGUGCAGAUGAUCUUUGGCGGCAUCACCACGCUCGGCUUCUGCCAGGGCGACCACCUCGGCCAGUGCCUCGCCCACUUCAUCAUGGGCGGUGCCUUUGUCGCCUACGGCAUCCUGCUGACCAUCAUCCUACUCGUCGGCCAGGUCUGGAUGCUCCGCUGCGGCCGGUCCCAGGAGUUCUUCGACAGCGCCGUCAUCGCCGCCUGGGGCUGCGUCAACACCUUCACCGAGCACCGCUGGGGCACCGCCUGGGUCAAGAACGACUGGCAGCACACGACCAUGGGCAUCAUCUGGUGGUGCGCCGGCCUCGCCGGCAUGUGGCUCAGCAAGGACCGCGACGGCAACCCGAAGCGCAACUUCAUCCCCGGCUUCGUCAUCUUCGUGACCGGCUGGGCCAUGUCGGCGCAUCCGCAGGCGCUCAUGGUCAGCGCCAUGACGCACUCCACCUUUGGCAAGACCCUCAUGGCCGCCGGCUUGGCCCGCGUCGUCGAGAUUGCCUUUGUCCUGAGGGACAAGCAGUCCCUCUCCGACGACGGCCGCUCCUGGAACAGCUUCCAAUUCGUGCCCGUCUUCCUCCUCUACGCCGCCGGCUUCCUCUUCAUGGGCGCCACCGAGGAGCAGAUGGCUCUCGUCCACAACUCGCGCAUGGACGCCGUCUCGUACAUUCUCAUCCUCUACUCGCUCGCCUUCCUGCUCUUCCUCUUCGCCAACAUGCUCAUCAGCCUCUACGACCGCCAGGCGAACCCCGCCAUGAAGCCCAAGACGCUCGGCAACGGCUACCCGCACGUCAACGGUCACGCCAUGGAGGAGGGGCACGUGCGCGACGCCGAGGAGUUUGAGCUCGACGGACUGAUGACGGAUGACGAAGGCGACGAGAGCCGACGCAUGCUGCGCAAGAGCGAGGACAGCCUCGACACGCCGACGACGCUUGGGAACAACAACGAGUCGUCGGUGCACUGA